AUGCCAAUCCAAAGCACUCACAGCAUUUACAUCCCAUUGCUGCUACCAGAGGGUCAUGGAUAUCCACUUUGGCUUCCUGCACUGAUAUCGAGUCUUCCUCUUGAUUUUGUUCACCAUGGAACACAAAUUGGUGAUCUUGGGUAUCUUGCUCAUGAUGGAGGUUUCACGUACCUCUUCAAUGUGUGCAAGGAUGCAACAGAUCCUGUCAAUCUGAAUAGGUCCCCUCCCAGCUUCAUACCACUGACGAACAUCCCAGGCAUGUGA